CCUGAGAAAAUCUAUCACGGCAUCAACUCUCAACUCUCAAGUCUUAUCAACACUCCCUCUCUCUCUCUCUCUCUCUAUCCUCCAUGAGAGGCAGCUCUGCUCCAUCUCUACCACAAUGAACAAACACCCAAAAACCCAUCUGUUCCUCUAUCUUCUCCGACUCAUCCUCUGCUUCCAACCCAUCUUCUCCACAGAUUUCCUCUUCAAUGGCUUCAAUUCCUCUGAUAUAUCCUUAUAUGGCAACGCCACAGUUGAUUCUCGAAUCCUCACUCUCACCAAUGAAUCAAGCUUCUCAAUCGGCCGAGCUCUGUACCCAUCAAAAAUCCUCACAAAAGGCCCGAACUCCUCACUGGUCCUUCCAUUCUCAACCUCCUUCAUCUUCUCCAUGGCUCCUUCCAAAAAGGUCCUCGCAGGCCAUGGAAUUGUCUUCCUCUUCGUACCCUUCACUGGCACCGAAGGCUCGAGCUCGUCUCAGAACUUGGGCUUCCUCAACUUCACCAAUAAUGGGGAUCCCAAUAAUCAUAUAUUUGGGGUUGAAUUUGAUGUUUUCAAGAAUGAAGAGUUCGAUGACAUUAGUGAAAAUCAUGUGGGCAUCAAUAUAAAUUCACUCAGAUCAGAGAUUGCUCAUGAGGCAGGGUAUUGGCCUGAUGGUGAUGAUGGUGGUCAAGAUGAGAAGAAUUUCAAGAAAUUGAAGCUCAAUAAUGGUAAAAACUAUCAAGUUUGGAUUGAUUAUUCUGAUUUUAGUAUUAAUGUUACUAUGGUUGUUUUGGGUACGAAGAGGCCUAAAAGGCCUCUUUUGAAUAUGUCACUUAAUCUAUCUGAUGUUUUUGAGGAUGAAAUGUAUGUGGGGUUCACUGCAGCCACAGGAAGAUUAGUUGAGAGUCAUAGGAUUUUGGGUUGGAGUUUUAGCAAUUCGAAUUUUUCGUUGAGUGAAGGAUUGAAUACUAAGGGAUUGCCAUCUUUUGAGCUUCCUAAGAGCUCGAUUUUUCGGUCAAAAGGGUUCAUUGCAGGUGUGACAGUGGGGCUUUUCUUUGUUGUUGUUAUGUGUUCUAUGGUUUCCCUGUCUUUGAUCAAGAGGAGGAGGAGGAGAGCGAGGGAGAGGGCGGAAAUGGAGGAAUGGGAGUUGGAGUAUUGGCCACAUAGAAUCACUUAUCAAGAGAUUGAGUCUGCAACAAAGGGGUUUUCGGAUAGAAAUGUGAUUGGAGUUGGAGGGAAUGGGAAGGUGUAUAAAGGUGUGUUGGCGGGAGGAGGAGAGGUUGCGGUUAAACGGAUUUCUCAUGACAACAAUGAGGGAAUGAGGGAGUUCUUGGCUGAGGUUUCGAGCCUUGGGAGGCUCAAGCACAGGAAUUUGGUGGGAUUGAGAGGUUGGUGCAAGAAAGAGAGAGGCAGCUUGAUUUUGGUGUAUGAUUAUAUGGAAAAUGGGAGUUUGGACAAGAGGGUGUUUGAGUGUGAAGAGAACAAGUUGUUGGGUUGUGAGGACAGAAUAAGAGUUUUGAAAGAUGUAGCUUCAGGGCUUUUGUACUUACAUGAGGGUUGGGAGGCUAAAGUGUUGCAUAGGGACAUUAAGGCCAGCAAUGUGUUGCUUGAUAAAGAAAUGAAUGGAAGGUUAGGGGACUUUGGGCUAGCCCGGAUUCAUGGACAUGGGGAAGUGGCUACCACCACAAAGGUGGUUGGAACCGUGGGGUACUUGGCUCCGGAAGUGUUUAGGAGUGGGCGUGCAUCAGCUCAAACAGAUGUGUUCGGAUUUGGGGUUUUGGUUUUGGAGGUAAUGUGUGGUAGGAGACCAAUAGAGGAAGGGAAACCACCUUUGGUAGAUAGGGUAUGGGAGUUAAUGGGGCGAGGCGAGCUAGUCAGCGCCCUUGAUGAGCGAUUGAAAGCUAAAGGAGGGUUUGAUGAAGAAGAAAUCGAAAGGAUUCUCCAUUUGGGGAUCUUGUGCACUCAUCCUGACUCGCAUGCUAGGCCAACAAUGCGACAAGUGAUGAAGGUUUUGGAAGGGAAUAAUGAGAAUUAUGACUCGGAAGGCGAGGACAUGGAUAAGUACUUGCUUGGAAAGAUGAAAUCUAAGGAAAUGUGGCUCAAUUAUUCUCAAAGUUCAAGCCAUGGUUCACACCCUACAUUUGAACAGAUGAGACAAGGCAUCUCUUCCUCAAUGUCACUCUCUUGGUCUGAUGCUAUUGUGGAAGGAAGGUGAAUGUACAGUAAUUACUAUAGAAUUCAUGGUUCCUGUUGGUUUGUGCCAAUUUUGUUGUGUUAGAAUGGAAGUGGUGAUGUUGGGACAAGUGGGGUCCAUAGAGCAUUUUUCAUAGAAUAGGAUUGGACAGGUUUGGCUUUUGGUUUUGUACAAUUCUGCUUAUGUUCAAUUCAUGUUUGUUAAAUUAGUUGUUGGAGAAGAGAUUUUAUUAAUUUUUACUCUACAGAAAGAGAAUUAGACUUAGAAAUGGUGGUGUACAAUGUACAUAAAUUAAAUUGAUGUGUAAUAAUAGCAAAAUGAACUUUAGAUUGUGAUUCCAA